AUGGGCAUCGACUCGACACCACGCAGGGAUACACCACCACAUCACUCGAGCUCGAGUGCCCCUCCCCCCAUUGACGCAAUGACCUCCCCCUCCGGCACUCACGACGGCCGCGUCUCCAAGCUCUCGCAAGAGCAGCUGGCCGAACUGCAAAAGUCAACACACUUUGACAAGAAGGAGCUGCAACAAUGGUACAAGGGUGCGCACAAUCUCGUCCCCCCCCCCGGUCACGUCGCCAUCAUGCCCACCAACGGUCGUCGCGCCGCUUCCUCCAUCCUCAUCCUCGAUCCUAAAUUUAUCCCCGAUAUCCCCACUCAGGUCGGGUUCCUGGUGUCUCAGCAGGAGCGAGACCAGCGAGACCCAGGAACCACCCAAAGCAGCAGUGUGGCAUGCGCGCAAAACACCACCCCACACCAUGACGGGGGCUUCCUCAAGGACUGCCCCUCAGGCAUGCUCACCAAGGACGAGUUCCAAAAGAUCUACCGGCAGUUCUUCCCGUUCGGCGACCCCUCGAGUUUCGCAGAUUAUGUCUUCAACGUGUUUGACAGCGAUAAGUCCGGGACCAUCGAUUUCAAGGAGUUCAUCUGCGCGCUGAGCGUCACGUCGCGGGGCAAGAUGGAGGACAAGCUCGACUGGGCGUUCCAGCUCUACGACAUUGACGGCGACGGCAAGAUCAGCUACGACGAGAUGCUCAAGAUCGUGGAGGCUAUUUACAAGAUGGUCGGCUCUAUGGUUAAGCUGCCGGAAGACGAGGACACACCCGAGAAGCGAGUGAAAAAGAUCUUCCGGAUGAUGGACAAGGACGAGAACGGGAGCCUCGACAUGGAGGAGUUCAAGGAGGGCAGCAAACGCGACGAGACCAUCGUGUCCGCGCUGUCGCUGUACGACGGCCUAGUCUAG